AUGCCGCUCAGGGCCAAGGGCGGCCGCGUCAGCCCAGGGCGCGCCGAGGUCGGCCGGUCCCUGCUGGCACGCGACGCCUUGCCGUGUCACGAGCUGCUUACCGUACCGCUCGGCUCCACAGGCGUCCGGCCGCAGCGCACGCCGGGGCGCUGGUCACCCGAGCGGACCGACGAGACGGACCCGGAAACUGGCUUCACUGUGUGGGAUGUAGCAAAUUUGAAUUCUCGCUCCAUUGGUUCUCGUAAAAGCAGUUCUCAGUACGGUGAUGAACAAGAGCAGCGAGUACUGGUAUUACUCAACCCAAAAUCUGGUCCAGGCCGAGCUAGAGAUGUCUUUCAGCAGCGAGUUGUACCUGUAUUUGCGGAGGCAGAGAUACCAUUUGAUCUGCAUGUUACUAAGCAUGCUGGGUACGCCAGAGAUUUUGUGAGGUCUAGAGAUAUUUACCAAUGGCGUGCAAUUGUAGUAGUUGGAGGAGAUGGGAUACUGUUUGAGGUAAUUAAUGGCUUGUUUGAACGACCAGACUGGCAGCAGGCAUUUAAGGAAAUUGGUAUUGGAAUUAUACCCUGUGGUUCUGGAAAUGGCUUAGCGAAGACAAUAGCUUAUAUACAUGAGGAACCAUUUGACCAAAACCCUGUACUCAUCUCUACACUGAACAUUAUAAAAGCCAAAAAAGUACCCAUGGAUCUUGUAAGAGUGGAGACAAAGUCACAGAUAAUGUUCUCAUUCCUAUCUGUUGGGUGGGGAUUACUGUCCGAUAUUGAUAUUGAAUCGGAGAAGCUGCGAGCUAUUGGAGGCCAGAGGUUUACUGUAUGGAGUGUGGCUAGGCUAAUAGGGCUGCGGACUUAUCGUGGUCGUCUGUCAUAUGAGCCAGUUGAAGAUGGCCUGUCAGAUGAUAAGAACCGCAUACGACCCAGUGAAGCACUUCUCACACGGAGUUCAAGCCAUUACCCCACUGAAACAGUCUCUACAAUGAGAGAACACACAAAUGGUGUCCCUUCUGAAGGGCGUCUGCAGGCCAUGCAUGCCAGUCGGAGUUUUGAUUUUGGUGCGCUUCCUGAUGAUUUCCUGGAUGAACCAGACACUCUCACCGAUUCUCUUAGCUUGGAGACAGCGGUGUCUCAGGGUAUGAGUGACCUGGACAGUCCAGGAUCAACAAUGAGGCCACGUCUAGACAGCUAUUACUCAGCAAAUUCACGCUACAGUGCAUACUUUUCAACUGCAGACUCAAGUUACCGAUCUGUGGAUGUGACAAUAGCAGGUGACGGUAGCCCGCAUGUUGUAUAUGGACCACCUUCACGUUUACCAGCCCUUACGCAGCCAGUGCCAUCACACUGGAAGACUAUUGAGGGUGAUUUUGUCUUGGUGCAUGCAUCAUACCAGACACACCUUGGCUCCGACUGCCUCUUUGCACCCAGUUCUAAACUAGAUGAUGGUAUUAUCUGGCUGUUAAUUAUUCGUGCGGGAAUAACGCGUACACAGUUGUUACAAUUCUUGCUUGGUCUUUCAUCAGGAAGUCACUUGUCCUGUCCUCGGGCAGAAAUGAUUCCGGUGACAGCAUUCCGCCUUGAGCCUGAGUCUACUCGUGGACACCUGACGGUGGAUGGUGAACUUGUGGAUUAUGGUCCUGUGCAAGCAGAGCUUAUGCCAUCACUGGCAAACAUUAUGUCACGUUGAUGAGGCUAGACAGGUUACUGCUAUUCUGCCUUAGGUCUUCCUGUAUGUAUUUCCAUGGUUACAGCAUUCAGGAAGGAAUGUGUUUUCAGUCGGAGCUGUUAUUGCAGCCUGUUUCCAUUUCACUAACUGAAGCUGCGUCUGUAUGAUAAACCAUUCACCAUUUGCCCAGUAUUCUGUGUAUUGAGACUGAUUGUUUGCUCAUUUGAGUACAUAACUUCUGUACAACUUGCCUCUAAAAAGCUACACAAUUUGUGUAGAAGUAUGAAACUUGCCCUAAAAAUCUGCACAACUUGUGUUGAAGUAUCUCUUGCCUAUGUUGCAUGUGAAUUUUGUAUUUUAAAGAGAAGCACAAAAAGUUACAACCAUGUUGUAUGCAAACAAUGUAAGGUGCUAUUUUAACAAAAUAUUUACCAAAGAGGUAAGUGGAACAUUCUCUAGUUGUCUGCAUCACACAGUGGAAUGCAACAGUUCCACAGCCUUUUUUGUGGGUGCAUUGUGGCUACAAUUAUCAUGUUUUCAUGGUUGUAGAAAAUUUAUGUGCUGUUUAGUACUGGCAGUCUGAUAAGACACACUUCUGUCUCAACGCUGCUGUGAAUAGUACAACCUCAUACUUUGUAGAGUGCAGAUGUCCACUCCAAAUUAUUUUUCAUUUUUUGACUCCAGACAUAUUACUGUACAGUCCUACAUUCAGUAUUUUUAAAAUUCCAUUGUGGAUUUAGCUUUUAACUAUGUAGUAUCAAAACUCUGUCAAAACUAUCUUGGAGUCUAAUUAUGGCUUGGAAGGUAAUAUUUGUAUUGUUUAUCCAGACCGAAACAGUAAACGAUCAUAGUAGGGUUUUAGUAAUUUGUGAAAUUAAAGACUAAACAUAGUUACAUAUUACCCCCAGUUUUAGAAGAGAUUUGCCAUGUUAGAUUUAUCAAAAGUUCCUUUUCUGUUAAUGGGAUCUCUUCUUACAGGAUUUGUGAAUUUGUUUCUUACUUAGCUGUGUACGAAGAGUACAAGGAACUCAAAUGCUGAACUUUUGAUACACACUGACAUGGCAAAUGAUGCAAGGGUCUUGCCAUUUCCUGUUUUCUGUGCAGUCAUUGUAUGUUUGUUAAAAUGUGAGCAAGUGCCAGGUUAUAGGUACACUUAGUACUAUAACAGUAUUUUAGCAUUCUUAAAUAAACAGUAUAUUUGUAAACCAUAGUAAAAUUUACUGCCUAUGAAUAAAAAUCAAACACAAAUUGUACGGUAGUUUUACUGCAGAAAUUCAUCUGCAUGUAAAGGUUUGCAUUGCCAAUAGUCCAUUUCAAGGAUGUUUCACUUCUAUUUUUAUGUGCUUAAAUCAAGUCAACAAUGCUGCAGAGUGAUUCUUUACAAACUUGAUUAAUCAUUUAAAUAUGGUGCUUUGCUGAUAUUGUUACCCAGUUUUCCUCGUAAAUGCACUGUAAAUAUUUUUGCUACAUUUAAUUUGGACCUGUAUUGGUCACUGGGCUGUAUAUACUGUAACUGUUUUGUACAAAGAACAUGCUUCAUACAUUCCAUCCAAGUGUUUAAAAAUUUUAAAGUGUGUACAUUUUUAAUUAUAAUAAGCAUAAAAUGAGUUACUUGUUCAGAAUCUGCUAUUUUUCCCAACAAUAUGUUGUAACUUAAUGUUUUUCAACUUGCCAAUACAUCUUUAUGUAGGCUAUAAUAUGUGAUGAUUUAUCAGCACCUUGGAUUUUUAUUCACAGAGUUUUGUAUUUUAUCUUAAGCAAAGUAAAUAUAGUUCCUAGGGAGUAGCAGGAGAAUAAUAUAAAUUGCAAUCAAACUUUUAAUCAUUCUAAAUGUUUACAAAUCUGUUAAUGCGUUGGUUGUUGUGGUGGCUGCUGAUAGAUUCUUGGUCAUGGAAUCAUAAAAAAGGCAGUAUUUUAGUGUCACAAACUUUGUAAUAAAAUAGAAAGACUGUACUUACUACAAAUGGAAGUCAUGACAGAACUGCCAUGAAAACUGAGGUAAACAAAAAAUUGCAAUAGAGAAGCAAUGAAUACAUUUACCAGAACCAUAAAAAUAGAAACAGAGCAGAAGUCUAGAUAUUAAAGGAGAAAAAUAAGUCUUGCGGUGACUUAGAGAGCUAGAAAUAUCAGAUGAUGUCAUGGAAGAAAUCAAAUGUUUUAUUUCAUUGGACCCUGGAAACUAUUAAAUACUUCAGUUGUUUCCCAAUUUUUCUUGCUAACGUUUGUAGACUGGACUUUAGUCUUGGACACUCAAGAUCAGUCACUGGUUCUUAUCAUGUUGCUGUAAUGUGCUGCACACUUUCUACUUUUUUAAUAUGUCAAUUAUCCUGUAUAGUGUAAUUUUUAUAUUUGACUUUUAAUAUUCAAUACUGUGUAUAUAAUAUCUACUAAGACAAUUUAUAUUGUUAUUAGUGUUGGACACUCCCUAGUCUGAGCCGGAAUACCCAAAGAAAGUCUUAACAAAACCAGUCUCUGAAAAAAAAAAUUCAUAUUGGACAAAAACUACAGCCUGUAAGUUACCACAAUAUACCAUCUUGAAGACACGUACAUAUUGAUUAUUUAAGUCUGAAGUUGAACUACUUUCAGUACAAAGCAUAUCAUGCAAAUGGUGUAAAUUAGGCAUCCUGUGGUUAGUUAUUUGUUUGCCCUUGUUCCAAUGUUUUUAAUUCUGUACUUUUAUUCAUUAUUGCAAAAAAUGAAUAAAAAAAAGAAAUGAGUAGAAUUGUACACAAAUUGAGAACGGAAUGAAUGUCUGGAACGGAUAACGAAUUUCUUGGAAUUAUGACUUGUUUGAGUGUGAACCUGGCAUCAAAAAUGAUUAAAUAUUUUGUAUGUGGACAGAUGUGAGAGACAAUUACAGGAAAAUCACCACUCCAAAAUUGUUCAUUCUUUAUUUCCAACUGUAUGAAUUUACAGUAUGACUUUUGCCACCACAGUCAGCUGAAUCAAUUCCGCAUUAAGGUAGUUAUCAACCUUAUAGGAAGUGGUCUGCAUUUGCAUCUUGUCUCAGUAUUUCUGAUUUGAUUGAUACAUUGGCCAUCCUAUUCAUCAUUUCUCACAUUCUGUUUCUUUACACUUUCAUACAGUCAACAAAGCUUCGGAAAAAGAUUCAAAAGGAAUUAGGUUUUGUGAGUUGAAGUAUGAACUGAAGCAUACCACCCUUUUUAAGAUACAAAUAAAGUUUUAAAAAUCUUAUGAUCAUGUUAAUAAUGGAUGCUUCAUUUUACUUGCUGAUAGUAAAUCACUCACUGGUUUUAUGUUAACUUAAAAAUGUAGCACAAAAUGGCUUAUCAGUUUAUCUGCACAGUGCCAUACUAUUCACUAUGUUACAUAGUGAUAGAGAAAUGUUGCUCACUUUCAUCUGGCACCAGUGUACAUUGUAAGCAAAAUAACAAAGUCUUUAUUUGUAUAUUUUACUCACUAGCUCCUUCCUGUCACUACUUUCUUAUUUUAAAUAUUUUCACUUUUCUUUUUUUGUUGUUUUGAUUUUUUAAAUUUAUUUACUUGUAAACUUACCAGUCAUGUCAUUGAACCACUAUUUCACAUCAUCUAAUUGUUUCCACAUUUAUACAAUGCUGAAGGAUUGUGAACAGAAUACAAACACCAGGAUCAGUGAAAGCUUCAGAACAUACUGUCAAAUCCGAGAUCAAAGUCUGAGUGUCUUCUGCUUAGCAUUGAUACAGUAAGUGAUCAUCUUUAAUCAUUCAUUCAUUACUAGUUUGCUAUUUUUCAUUGUUGUCCAUAAAUUAAAAGUUUCUUACUGCUUAGGUACAGUCCAUAUUACCAUCUUACCCUGUGUCAUUAUUUUCACUUAAAUAUAAAAUACUGAUUUAUUAAAACCUCAUCUUUUCAUGUUCACAUUUGCUUCUAUUGUGUGUUUUCUUAUUAUCUGCACUCUCUCCACCAUCAUCCUAUAAAGCAGGCAGACUGUACUUAUUGUUCAGUUAAGUAGUCCACCUAUUAAUAAAACUGAUACUGUGAUAUGCUUUGAUUAACUUAUAAUGUGAAAAAUGAAGUAUUUUUAUAUGAAUUGCAAUAAUAAAAAGACAGCUGUUCCAAGUCCUCAACCCUCAAUGAGAUUGAUUACAAGACACAGAUUCUUCAUUAGUUGUUGUUUGUUAAUACUGAAAUGCUGCCUCAUUUAUGAUGUGAAAAUUUGAGUUAUUAACAUUUGUGUAUUUUUGAGGAACUGACUUAUUAGCCUAUGUGUAGUAGACAAUGGCUCUUUGCUGGAGGUGUUGAGUUUUUGGAAAGAUACAAGAGCAUGACGUCACUAAGAAGAGAAAGAAGUAGAGCAAGAGAGCUGAAUUUUUCGGUAGCCAUAUUCAUUAAAAUAUGCACUGCAGGUAUAUGUUGUGGUGGCAGUGGAUGCCUCUUUUCUAUAAAUGGAUAACUGUUGUUAUAUUUGACUUUUGAGAGUUUGUUCACAAAUGCUGUGUUCCAUAUUGGCAUAAUUCCUUUCUGAAUAUGAAUUAUUACGUACUCAUCUGUCUUAAUCUUUGAGUUUUCUUGUUUUCAGUUACAGUUGUUUUAUUGAGAAAUAUUACUACUGGGAUUUCACUUGUAUUUCAAUACACUAUUUUUAACAGUUUGUUUUUCUCUGACUAUCAUAAAAAUAAAAGGUUAACUGUAACUGCCUUUCAGUAUAUCAGCUCACAAAAGUUUAUACCUUGUCUUGAACAAUCCUGGAACCAUUAUACAGUAUUGACUGUAUUUUAAUGGUGAAGUCAUGAGACAGAACUUUUCUCCAGUUAUAGCAGGCCUUUUUCUCUUUCAAAGUUACUAUACACAGUUUGUUUUCUCUGCGAGAAGCGCUUAAGAUCCUGUACUAACAUUUUGGAGGAGUGUGGUUGAUAUGCUCAUCAAGAUAUGGGUUUUGUGUGGUUUCCAUUACUUCUGGUAAUUGCUGGGGUAGUCUUGGUACAAUUACAUCAUGUCUACUACCUCUUCUGUCCCCAUACAAUUUAUAGGAUGUUAAAAUUGUCCUGCCUUUCAUCCUUUUCUCAUUGCAUGAUCAAUACAUUAAUCUGAUGCACGACCAUUAUGAUUCUCAUCAUCUUAAUUCUCCUUGUUCUUUUCCUCCUUAUCUCUUGACGAUCUUGAAUUCCCCUUAUUUCCAAUCUGUCCCCAUGUGUUCAUUCACAUUAUAUAUUUCCUUACUUCUUCAUUCGUCAUUUUCUUCUCCUACCCUGUUUUUGUCAUAUGCUUCAAUUUUGAUUCCCAUGUGCCUUGUUCAUGGUCUUUUUUUUUUUCAUACAGACUUGGCAAGUACUGCAGGCUGUGAGUGCACUUUAGCCGUGCUUUAACAUAUCAUAGCAAAUGUUUCUUUUAAUGACACACUAAUCUACAAAUAAUUUAUUCUUAUUUUCUUCUCUCCUUUGCAGAUUACAGGUGACAUUCCCUUUUUUCUAAUUUUUAUUUCAUAUUGAAUUUUUUAUUAAAAAAAAUAUUUCAUAUUCAUUUGAGAGAAGAUUUUCUUCAUUAGUAGCGGAACAUAGUUUUUGGACUAAUUUACAGAACUGUAAUGUGUUCAAAGAUUAAUUCAUAUUUGUAAUUGUUUCAAACAUAUAUUGCCACUAGUAGAGAAUGAUCUUUACUAACUGCAAAUAAUUUUAAUGUGAUAGAAACAAUACAUCAUCAGCACUGUUGUAUCUUUUAAAAGUUUUUGUAUUAUUGUAGAAUUUAUUUUAGAAACAGCAAUUACAUUAUUUCACAUCACAAUUUGGCAGUGGUAUUUAUGUUUUGGGGCCAUUAAUUUAGAAAUCUGUGUUUUUAAUUCUGAAUUUGGUUUCUAUAUCUGCAAUCUGCAGAUACAUUAUAGGUCUGUUAUAGCUGUUGAGAGACCUAUGAUCAAUAAUUUCCUCCUCCAUUGUCUGCUUCCCCAUUGCUCCACUUGCCUUAGAUAUCUGUGACAUAAAUUCUUUCUUUCCAAGAGACUGAAUUCUUAUAGGAUGGCUUCCAAACACAAUGUGGAUUAAUAUGAGUCCACUAGUCGAGAAGAACAUUGAUAAGUGUUUCUUUUAGAGAGGUGAUACUGAUAUUCUAUUGAUCUCUUGGAACAGAGUAUGAAAUAUUUACAAUAAUGUGGUGUACUGUGAUUGAAAACUUUGUGGUUGUGCCAUGGUAAUAAAUGUAUAGUGUGUACAUACCUGUUUGAAUAUAUUAUUUUAUAUUUUUGGUAUUUCUUAUGUUAUUGUAAAUAAAAUGGAUCUUAUAUAUAAUAAAUGUGUGGGAAUAAAUAUAAACUGCACAGUUUU